CUCGAGUCGGCCUCGGGCGCCUACCUCGACAUGAACGCAGAGCUGCGCGCCGCCGGCUCCGCCUCCGCCCUCGCCGCGCUGGUGGGCGGGGUGGCGGCGCACCCGUCGCCCGACUACGUCACUGCGCUGCGGCAGGCGGGCGUGCGGACUCGCGCGGUCGGGGUCGCCACCAUCGCCCUGACCGCCUCGGUGCUCGCGUCGGGGCUGCCGCUGAUGAAUGUGCUGCCGCGACCGCUGCUCGGCUCGCUGCUGAUGGCGAAUGGAGUCGAGCUCACGAAGCUGUGGCUGUGGGACGCGCGACGCUGGAUCGACCGACCAGGCUUCGCGAUGCUGUUCGCGAUGAUCUGCAGCGCCCUCCUCUUCGGCCAGACCGCCGCUGUGCUGCUCGGCGCCCUCUGCGCCGUCUUCCUCUCGCACCUUCGCCUCUCCCGCGCCAACGCGCUCAAGUACCACCUCACCAGCCGCUCGUGCCACCCGCCCGCCUCGCGGCCGCACCACGCCCAGGCCUUCCUCCGGCGGCACGGCGGCGCCAUUCACCUCAUCGGCCUCGAGGGCUUCCUGUACGGUGGCACCGUCUCGCGCCUCUCGCGCUACGUCCUCCGCGCGUCGGAGCGGCACGGGCGCGAGAUGCGCUUCGUCUUGCUCGACCUGCAGGCGACGCAUGGCAUCGAGCCUUCUGCGUGCACCCUCCUCCGCCGCUUGCGCCGUCAGCUCAAGGCGCGCGGCGUCAGCCUGCUCGUCGCCGCCGCCUCGUCGCAGAUGCAAGGCUGCGAGUCGCGCGCCUCGUGCGGCGGCGCGCCCGCGACGGCGGCGCUCGACAGCGCCGUGUACCGGACGGUGGACGAGGCGCUCGAGAGCUGCGAGGAGCAGCUGCUGCUGCUCGGCUCGCCCGUCAAGUCGUCGCACCGCGAGGGCCCUUCCGCCUUCUCCACCGGCGGCGGCGGGAGGCACAGCGGCGCGGCAUCGGUGGGGAAGGGCGCGGCGGAGGGCAAGGGUGCGUACGGCGCAAAGGUGACGCUGCAGCCGGGCGAGCUGCUCACCUCGCAAGGCAACCUAAACCGCGAGGUCCUCGUCGUGCCUCCCUCCGGGGCGGAGCUGUCCGUCACCACCGACUACGGCUCCCCGGACGGGCCGCUCACCCUCGCCACGAUGAGGCACGGCGGCGUCUUCGGCGCCGAGGGCGUGCUACUCGGGCUGCCGUCGGUGAGCUCGGCGGUCCUGUCGCGCUCCUCGCCGCCGCGCGUCGUCAUCUCGCUCUCGGCGGCGCAGCUGCGCGGCCUCCGCCUCUCUCAGCCGCAGCUCGCGCAGCAGCUGCUCGCCGCCGCGUUUACGCAGCAGCAGGACUACCUCUGGCUCCUCGCGCGCCGCACCUCCCUCUGGACGGGCGGCGGCCACGGCGGGCCCAACCUCGACUGGGGCUCCGCCCAGCCGCAGCUCGUCCCGUCGGCCGACGGCGCGCCGCUGCCCACCAUCCCGUCCGAGGUGUCGCUGCCCGAGUCGUUUGGCCGCAAGGAGGUGCGGUCGGCGGUACUCUCGCCGUGGCGCCACGCUGUCUCGCCGCAGGAGAGGACGCCCUACUCGGCGGGCAGCCGCGGCGCCGGCCACAUCGCGGGGCUGAUGGAUGAGCUCGCCAAGGCGGCGGCCCGACGCGACAGCGGCGGCGUCGGCCGACGCUCGGAGCAAGACGCAGCGCUAACGCCCCUGCUCGAAAAACUACCGGCGCGCUUCCAGCAGCGGCUGCUCUCCCUUGUCGGCGAGAAGGAGGGUGCCGAGCGGCGCGUCCAAGAGCUCGAGCGGAGCGUCCAUCACGCCGAGGCGACGCUCAAGGCUGCACUCGACAGCAGGAGCGUGGUGCAGGCCAACCUGCGUGCGUCGGAGCGCCGCAUACAGGAGGCCGAGGCUGCGGCCGACCGCCAUCUGGCGGCGGUGGAGUCGGAGAAGCAGCGCUACGCCAUCCUGGCUCGGCUCGCCGACGACCAGGCGGCCGAAUCCAAGGCAAAGAUCAGCGCACAGGGCGAGCAGCUGCACGUACUGAACGAGCAGCUCGGGGCUGCGAACCGGGCGGUAGGCACACUGCGUGCUCACCAGUCUCGGAGGUGA